AGUGCGCGCAGCGGAGGCCGGCAGCGCUCCAGCCUGCUUCACCCGAACGCAAAUAAGCAAUAAAAAUAAGACAUGAAAUAAUGAAGACAUUUUCAUUUAUUGUAACAUGUCAACAAGCAAUUGACUUGCUCCCCAGACUGUUUACCGUGGCAGAUAAACCAAGCAGGCCAUAAAGUGUCACUUCCACCCUUUUGCUCUCCCAAAGAAGAACGGAGCUCUUGCACAUAAUUUGAAUAAGUUGAUCAGCAUGAACAGUAAUGCAUUAGGGCAAAGUACUGUAAAGAAUCAGCCCAUUAAAAGCAAGAUGAACGUCGGUGUGGCCCACAGUGAAGUGAACCCAAACACCCGUGUGAUGAACAGUCGGGGGAUAUGGCUGACAUAUGCGCUUGGCGUAGGAAUGCUUCACAUUGUACUGUUGAGCAUUCCUUUCUUCAGUGUUCCUGUUGUGUGGACCCUCACAAAUGUUAUUCACAAUUUUGGUAUGUAUGUGUUUAUGCAUGCAGUGAAAGGCACACCAUUUGAAACACCAGACCAGGGCAAGGCUAGACUUCUCACACACUGGGAACAGCUGGACUACGGCGUGCAGUUCACAUCAUCUAGAAAAUUCUUUACAAUCUCACCAAUCAUUUUAUAUUUUCUCGCCAGCUUUUACACGAAAUACGACACAGCGCAUUUUGUGAUAAACACAGCUUCGCUUUUGAGUGUUCUCAUCCCAAAACUGCCACAACUCCACGGAGUGCGGAUCUUUGGAAUAAACAAGUAUUAAGCCCAGUGUUCAGAGGGCACAGACCAACUCAGAGCUGUUGCCUGAUACGAGAGAGGAGAUAACCCUUUGUACUUUGUACCGCAGUUGUGUACACUUAGCAGUUUUGUACAGUCUGUGUAAUUGUGAGUCUCUUUGUUUGAUAUAUCUUGAGAAAUUGUUGUAGGGACAUGUUAGGAGGACAAUUCCACAAGCAUUAAUAACUUAAGAUAUUUAAUGUGUUUUUUUGUUAGUUGUUUUGUGAUCCUCGUGGAUCUGGGCUGGCCCAGGUUUCAUGGUUAAAGUGUUUGUUUUUUUUUUGGUUUGUUAAUUAGUUUUUGUUUGUUCAAAUGUGCUCACAACACUGAUACACUAAGAUAGAUUUAUGCUUUUAGCAUCACUUCACAUUUCUGAAUACGUUCUUAGAUAAUGACAAAAUGUGUUUUUAAACUCAUUUAAAAGCCAUGAAACCUUUCUGCUGUUUCUUUAAUGUUAUCAUUGCUUCAGCGACAUCAAAUAAAAACUCAGUUUGCAUGA